AUGGAUGUUUUCUCCCCAUCCCAGGCCUUCUACGACCGAGCGUGCGCCUUGUCCCCCGACGACCUGGAGUUCGGGUCCGGCAUGGAGCUGGCCGGAUCCGAGGAGGACGAGCACGUCCGGGUCCCCGGAGCCCCCCACCAGCCGGGACACUGCCUCCAGUGGGCCUGCAAGGCCUGCAAGCGCAAGUCCAGCUUCGUGGACCGCCGGCGGGCGGCCACCAUGCGGGAGCGCCGGCGCCUCAAGAAGGUCAACCACGCCUUCGAGGCGCUGAGGCGCUGCACCUCGGCCAACCCGAGCCAGCGCCUCCCCAAGGUGGAGAUCCUGCGCAACGCCAUCCAGUACAUCGAGAGCCUGCAGGAGCUCCUGCGCGAGCAGGUGGAGAACUUCUACGGCCUCCCCGGAGAGAGCGGCUCCGAGCCCGGAAGCCCGCUGUCCAGCUGCUCCGACGGCAUGGCUGGAAGCAGCAGUCCGGUGUGGCAACAGCUGAACGCAAACUACAGCAGCAGCUAUUCUUAUGCCAAGAACGACAAUUUGGACGGAAAGACACCCGGCGCCUCCAGCCUGGAGUGCCUGUCCAGCAUCGUGGACCGCCUGUCCUCCGUGGAGUCCGGCUGCGGACCGGCCGCCCUGAGGGACGCCGCCACCUUCUCCCCCGGCAGCUCCGACUCUCAGCCCUGCACGCCGGAGAACUCCGGGUCCAGACCCGUCUACCACGUCCUGUGAGGGACGACCUUCUGCGACGACCUUCCAUAAAUGCACAAGAACUGUAAAUAUGUAAAAUACGUCCCAUUUAUGCUGUUGUACUCACGGAAACAUAUUUAAUGUAACAGGACAUUAUUCUGAAAUGUCAUAUUUAAGCCGUUUUGUAGCUCUUUACA